AUGAAGUUCAGAAACGCUCGGAUGAGAGGCAGAAUGGACUCCAGGACGUCAGCAGUCGGGAGGUUCCUGGGACUUUUAGGAUUUUUAAGUUUGUGGUUAGCUGCUCAAGCACAGAUGAAGAUUCCACCUGAGACCGUGCAGCAGUGGGCUAACGUGUUCUCUGCUGAACUUCGAGAGGUCUCCAUCAGGUACUCCGGCUCCAAGCUUCUUCAAAAGAAAUUAAAAGACGUGGAGCCCAUAAUAAAGAUUCUGGAGAUCGACGGCCGAGAUCUGGUGAAGGAUUAUUCGGAUGAAAUCGAGCGGAUGUUGGGAAGCAAAAUGAAGUCUGUGAAGGUGAUCAAUGAAUUGCACCUACCGUUAUGGAUUAUUGGGAUGGGGGGGGGGGGGGGGGGGGUGGGUGAAAAUAUGGAAGGUUUGGGGAUAGAGGGUGGGGAAAAAGAAAAUAAAUUGGGGUGUUGUUGGUUUUUGUAUGUAUGUUUGGGGUGGUGGGGGUGUGGGGGGUGGGGUGGUUUGGGGGGUGGUGUGGUUGUGAGAGGGGGUGGGGGGGGGGUGGGGUGGGUAGUGGUGGAGGUUGGCAAGGUGAGUGUAGGGUGGGGAUGUGGAGGAUGUGGUGGAGGUAGAGUGAUAAUGGGUAAGGGUUGGGAUGAAGAGGGUGAUGGGGGGGAUGACUUAUCUAUGUGUUACAGUGGUGUGGGUGAAUGGGUGAUGUUGUGUUGUGUUGUGGAUAAAGAGAGGGUGGUUGGGGUAUGGAGAGAGGAGGGGUGGGGUAGUAAGGAUUUGUUUUUUAAGAGUUGGGAUGGUGUUUUGGGGGGUGUGGAGGAGAAGUACAUCCAGGCUGCGACUUCUCCCAAAGACAUCAUCAUUAUGUUUGACAUGAGCGGCAGCAUGAAGGGCCUGAAGAUGACCAUCGCCAAACACACCAUCAACACCAUCCUGGACACACUCGGAGAGAACGACUUUGUGAACGUUAUCGCUUACACUGACUACGUCCGCUAUGUGGAGCCUUGUUUUAAAGGGACCCUGGUUCAGGCCGACUUGGACAACAGAGAGCAUUUUAAACUUCUGGUGGAGGAUGUUCAUGUGAAAGGUGAAGCCAAGAUCAACAAAGCCAUGAAGGAGGCGUUUAAAAUUCUCAAUGAGGCCAGAACAAAUGGCCAGGGCAGCAUGUGUAACCAGGCGAUAAUGCUGAUCACUGAUGGAGCCAUGGAGGACUUUGAGUCUGUUUUUGAGGAGUACAACUGGCCUGACCGCAGGGUGCGAGUGUUCACUUACCUGAUCGGGAGGGAGAUGACUUUUGCUCAAAACACAAAAUGGAUUGCCUGCAACAACAAAGGUUAUUACACGCACAUUGCCACCCUGGCCGACGUGCAGGAGAACGUCAUGGAGUAUUUGCACGUGCUCAGUCGACCCAUGGUCAUCAACCACGACCACGACAUCAUCUGGACCGAGGCCUACAUGGACACUGUGCUUCCCAACACUAUGGAGCUUUUCAACACAAAGGCUCAGAGUCUGCUGCUGAUGACGUCAGUGGCCAUGCCUGUCUUCAGCAAAAAGAAGGAGACGUUGUCCCAUGGUAUUCUAUUGGGGGUGGUGGGCACUGACGUCCCCCUGCAGGAGGUGAUGAAACUGGCACCAAGAUACAUGCUCGGACCUCACGGUUAUUCCUUCCUGAUCACCAACAAUGGAUACAUCCUGGCUCACCCGGACCUUAGGCCGUUGUACAAAGACGGAAAAAAACUGAAGCCCAAGCCUAAUUACAACAGUGUGGAUCUCGCUGAGGUGGAGUGGGAGGACACCGAUGAGCUGCUGCGGACAGCGAUGGUGAGAGGAGAAACUGGCAGCCUCACUCUAAACAUCAGAGCUUCACUCGAUAAAGCGAAAAGGCCCUUGUACUUAGUCAAUGACUACUUCUACACAAACAUUGAUGAGACACCGUUCAGUUUUGGCAUGGCACUGACUCAGGGACACGGCAGUCUCAUGUUUAUGGGAAAUGUCUCGGUGGAAGAAGGUUUGCAUGAUCUCACUUCUCCUGACUUGUUCAUCGCCACUGAAUGGACAUAUUGUGAAACUGACAUUGACCCUGACCACCGGAAAUACUCCCAGCUUCAGGCGGCCAUUCGUUACCUGCUUGGUAAAGAGCCUGACCUGGAGUGUGACGAGGUGCUUCUCUCUCAGCUGCUGUUUGAUGCUGUGGUCACUGCUCCUCUUGAGGCCUAUUGGAACGAACUCAUGCUCAACGACAGAGUGGAGCCAGGAGCCGAGACUGCCUUCCUGGGGACACGGUCAGGACUGAUGAGGGUGAUGAGAUACGCCGGCAUCGAGAACCGAGUGGCCAAGAGGUUCCUGACCGCAGGCGAUAAGGACAACCUGUUCAGUGUAGACCACUUCCCCCUCUGGUACCGCCUGGCUGUGGAAAACACUCCGGGAAGCUUCUACUACUACUUGAUCAAUGACAAAGGUGUGAAAUACGUAAUAGCAACAACAUCAGUGACCGUCUCUUCUGGAGGAAAGACCGCCAUGGCUGGAGGUACCGAGCAGCAGCGGAGAGCGGUCCUGGAGAUGCAGCGUGGGGAAUUAGGAUGCACAGAGCACACAUACAUUAGAGCGGCCUCUGCAGUCUCGCCCUGUCUUUGA